AUUCGGUGGGAGAUUGUUUUGUUUCACGUGGUUUUAAAAGCUUGAGGCUGGAUCUAGAAUUCACAAACAGAACGCGAGGCAGCGAGAAGGGACGUGAACAAAAUAGUACUUGUAGAUAUAAUUUACCUCUCGUUCUCAGAAGCCAUGAUUGUUUUAUCAAACUUUUUAGCAGUUGGACUUGUUUUCUUUUUAAAUUUAGGUCUUUCCCGUGUUAUUUGUGACAAAUCUUCAAAUAAUGAACUUAGCAGGGUACGAAGAGGGGGCUGGAGUAUGUUACGUUUAGGUCGUGGCCUUCAAAUGCUGAGGCUGGGAAAACGGACGCAGCCUAUGAUGUCUCAGGAUGAUGUAUUGGAUGCUCUGAAAUCAGCUCUGUAUGAUCAGGAAAAGAACUUCAAUUCGCGCCAGGUUCCAUUGCCAAGAUACGGAAAAGAUCUUGAAUGGCAAAAUUAUUUGGAUAAAAAAAUUCUCGGGGAUACCGUGGGAGAUGAAGAAAAACGGGAAUCUGCACUUCCGGUAGACUCCUUAAUCGCAGAAGCCGUAGAUGGAUAUAGACGUCCUCGACCAGCACCGCGUGGAGGUCGCUUCAGGAGAUCAGCCCACUACCCUGAUGAACUUCAAUCCAAUUCUAUUCAGCGAGCAGUUGCGUUACCACGAUUCGGCCGAUUUAUCGAAAACCAAAUUAAAAAUACGGAAGGCAAAGAACGUGCUGUUCCCGCACCACGAUUUGGACGAAGUACGUAAAUAAAUUACAGUGUGUUAAUACAAUUCUAGGCUUAAAUUAAAGAAAACCAAACAAACAAUGAAUAAUUUAACAUCAGUACAAAAAGGUGUAAGCGGCUAUCAAGAGAACAAAAGGGGACUUAAAAUUAAAUACUGGAAUAUUGGCCGCCAAUAGGAGUUACUGGAAUAUUGGCCGCCAAUAGGGGUUACUGGAAUAUUGGCCGCCAAUAGGAGUUACUGGAAUAUUGGCCGCCAAUAGAACUUUAAAUACUGGAAUAUGUUUCCUGAUGAUCAAACACAUUUCGGAGUCUUUGAUUUUGAGACUACAGCCGGUAAAAAUGCUCAUCCAUUACAUGUAGUUAUAUUGUUGUGUAUUAUAUGCUUUCAAAUAAAUUAACACAAUUUUCAAGAUGAA